UCUACGGGGCGUGUACGUUUAAAAAUGUUAAAUUAAUCGUUGUUUGUCGGGUUAAUGCAAUUUCAGCGACGCGCCAUAUACACCGCGGGAGGUAAAUCAAGCUAAAUAUACGUUGAUCAAUGGGGGAGAACAUCAAACAGAUUUACUUAAAUUUAAACAACUUGCUAGAAGAUAUUUGCAAAUUUCUCUCGGGAGAAAAGUUGAAUUUUCUAUCCCCUGCGGAAAAAGAAGUAGCAAAUACGCUGAUAUCACGGUCCAAAAGGCAACUUCAGGAAAUUUCGAAAAUAGUUCCCAAACUGAACGAAGAAGAUUACGUGGAUAUGACGAAAAAUUAUUCAGCCGCAAACGACACAGACAGCCAUUCCGCGAAUUCGAAUGUUGAUAAACCGCCUAUUCCAGAAAAACGAAUUGUACCAGAAAAUAAAUGUCCAUAUACAGCGCUAAAGGCAGAAAAUGUGUCCCACGAGGUCAAGUGUGGUAAUCUUUGGAUGAGAAAAAAAUUGAUUUUAAACAUAGAAGUGUUAAAAAAAGUUUUCGCCUCAAUCCACGACAACUGGCUCCUGGUAUAUUCUAGUAACGUCGAUUCUAAGCCUCUUUGUUUCUACGAUUUAAAGUACUACAAAGCUCGCGAGGAAAGCGUCGAUAGGAAUUCUAGAAUAUUUGAGCUGAUCGACUCGCAGUGUCCCGAGAAAAAAGUUUGUCAAUUUUCUACUAAAGCAUACAAGGACAUGAUUCAAUGGGUGUAUAAAAUUAAUGGGUGCUACAACGGGGAAGAACCGUCCAAGGAUGACGAAAGUUACGACAUCAUCGAACCGAAUUUAGAUUUGCCAGGCGACGAAGAAGAAAAUAUUUAUAAUGAACCAGAGAUGGUAUGCCAUAGGCAACCGAGCUGCCAGACGAUCGUAAACACCACAAAACCUCCGUUGCCCGGAAGAAAACCUACCAACAACGUACCCCCACCUCCGUCGCCGGAUUCCGUUCACUCGGAAGUGUCCUACCACGAAGUUAUCGAAAUCAAACCGAAAGAGAGGAUGUUAGAGGUCAAGGACGAUACAGAGCAAUCGUAUUACGAACCGGAGAUUGUUUCAAAAACCCCGGAUAUUCGAAACGACGACUCCUGCUGUCAAUACGAGUCCGUAAACGCCCAGGAAUGCGAAAAAGUCGACCGAAAUAUUUUAAAAAUAACGCGCAAAAGUUUAUUCAGCGAAUGGCAGCAACGUUCCUUGGAAACGUUCUCGCCGAAGUCCAGUUUACGAACGUUUCAAAUAAACAAGCCGUCGAUUAAAAUGUACACUACCAAUAACUAAUUGACAGGAAAUUAUAGGAAUUAUAUUAUAAACGCAUAAUUAAAAAAAACGUAAUCGU